UCCUCUGCUAAUGUGCAGAUGUGUGAUGUUAGCGGAAGGUCUGAGGCGGGCUCGUCCCUAUGAGCCAAGCGUCGCGGGGCCAACGUCCACGAGCAGCUGAGGUUGAUCUCUGCACGCUUUUUAACACAGCAGCAGCGGAAGCGCGGGCACUUUUCACCUGAGGGCCCAGGCAGACGAUUUCGCUCGCGGAUUCCACGGAAAUAGCUUUUUUACGUCUGCUUUUUUCCCCCCACCCCGCAGAAGUUCACAAUGCAGGGCAGCUUUGUUUUGCUGCUGCUUGCAGCUUUCACAUUCACGGGGGGACUUGCGCAGGGCGACGAAAAUGCAGCCGAGGAGGUGCAGGUGGAGAUCUUGCUGAAACCCGAAACUUGCUCCGUACUCUCCACAAUGGGAGACACGUUGCAGAUCCACUAUACGGGUAAACUGAUGGAUGGCAAAGUUAUCGACUCCUCACUGUCCCGGGACCCUCUUGUUGUCGAGUUAGGAAAGAGGACAGUCAUUUCUGGUCUGGAACAAAGCUUGAUCGGCGUGUGUGAAGGGCAAAAAAUUAAAGCCACAAUUCCCUCUCACCUUGCCUAUGGGAAAAAAGGUUACCCUCCUACGAUUCCAGGCGACGCUUCCCUCGAGUUUGAGGUGGAGGUGAUCUCGCUGACACAGCAAACGCCUUGGCAGAAGAUGGUGAACGACGUAUUCCCCCUUGUGUGUUUGGCACUGGUGCCUACUCUGCUCGGCUUAGUGGGACUCUACCUGUACAACAAGGCCAAAGACCCAAAACCCAGCAAAAAGAAGGCCAAGGACAAGAAGAGCAAGAAGAAAUAAGAAUGGGAAAAUGAACUAUUUAAAUAAAAAAAUUAAAAAUGUGUUCUUUGUGUUGAUUUUGUAAAACAUGCCUUUGUUGUAAAUUUAUACCUGGAAUUGACAUAUCUUCAAUUUAAUGGGUGUUGAUUGUUCAGUAAGUAGCUUCGGUGACACUGAUGUUUACACUGCCUGUAGAUGUUGCAUCUCUGACAGAUUUUCAGCCUCCGUGAGUUUGAAUAUACCGGUACUGUGUAACGCACCCAAAUUACAAAGGGGACAUCUCUCAAUCCAAGAAUUAUUGUUGCGUUUUUGGAUUGCAUGUUUUGAGUAAGAAUCUGUCAUAUUGGUUGACGAUUUGUACGCACACAAUAUACAAUUCGGCAUUUUUUUUAGACAUUGUGUUUUACAUUAUCCCUUUAACCUUCACAUUUUAAGAGUUGUGUCAGCGAAACAAUUAUCACAUGGGGAAAAUUAAAUCUUUGUUCUUAUGAA